UCUGUCACCCGCCGGUGACGCAAAGGCAUCUGGUUACACUUCUUGAAAGUUUCGCGCUCGAAAAAAACCCUAAUUACACAACCAAAAUAAUCCCCGAUUUCUUCGAAUUUUGAUCUAUCAAAACGAAAAUUCAUCAAUCAAAUGCUUGAAAAUCAUAUUAGAAACAUGACAAACCCUAAUUGAAGCAUCACUUACCAGUCGGGAGUAAGAUCAAAACCCUAAUUUUUUUUCACUAUGGAGCUAUCAAAGGACCUUCUUGCCGGAGUGCCCAAGACUCCAUUAUCAAUAACGCAAGAGAAAAAAUCACAACCUAAAAAAGACUCGCAGAGAAAACCUGAUGGCAUUUCGCGUGAGGUUUACGCGCUUACUGGUGGAUUGGCACCUCUUAUGCCUGCAAUUGAUACUAAUCAGCUGAAGAAACGACCGCCGUCGGACGAGAAGAUUACGUGGCAGUGGCUUCCUUUUACUAGUUCGGCUCGUAAAGAUAAUUUACAGCUCUACCAUUGGGUUAGAGUUGUGAAUGGUGUACCGCCAACGGGUGAUUAUUCAUUUGCCAAGUAUAAUAAGUCAGUUGAUGUCGUCAAGUAUACGCAAGAAGAGUAUGAGAAGUAUUUGACUGAUCCUAUGUGGACCAAGGAAGAGACAGAUCAAUUAUUUGAGGUGUGUGAAAGGUUUGAUCUUCGCUUUGCUGUUAUAGCUGACAGAUUUCCAUCAUCUCGUACUAUGGAGGAAUUGAAGGAUCGUUACUACAGUGUUUGUCGAGCUAUUUUAAUCGCUAGAGCUUCAUCUCCUGGGGAUGUCUCAGGACACCCUCUUGUCAAGGAACCAUACAACUUUGCACAAGAGACAGAGCGGAAACGUGCAUUGUCCAUGUACCUUUCACAAACAAAACACCAAGAGCGAAAAGAUGUUGAGGUCCUUGCUGAGGCUAAAAGAAUCACCGAGACACGCAUUGCUGCAAAGGGUGUUGAAGAAACUCAAUUGCCUGUAGCAUCAAAUGCACAAGAAAUGGCCGAGGUUGCUACUAAUCUUGAUGAUACCCCAUCGCCUUCAUCCAAUGUUCAGCUUGCCUCUGCAGCAGUUGGAACUUCAGCUUCAGUGAUGGCAGAAAAUGCUUCUACUUUAGCUUCUCUACGGAUGCUUCGAGUAUACUUGAGAACGUAUGCACUUGAGCAAAUGGUGCAAGCUGCUAGUUCAUCAGCAGGGCUUCGGACAAUCAAGCGAGUUGAACAAACAUUACAAGAUCUUGGGGUUAAUUUGAAACCAAGGGUGCCAACCAAAGCUGUUUGUGCAGAGCACCUUGAAUUAAGAAAGGAGAUAUUAACUUUGCUGAAUCUUCAAAAACAGUUGCAGUAUAAAGAGGCAGAAGGUUCAUCUUUUCGUGAAGGUUCAUAUUCUGAAAUGCCAGGGACACCUAAGCGUUUACAGCGUGAUCAGGAUCGUACAUUUAUUCCAGACACAAUGAGUUUUGGAGGGGAAAGGCCUGGUAGAAAGGACCCGAAACGGAAGGGACCUGGAGCUGGAAGGGGAUCCGAUGCGCCAUCAUCUCCAGCUCAUAAAAGGCCGAGAAAACUAAAAGCUACUGACCUAUGAUUUAAAAGGAUUGAAGGAAGCAAAACAAUGGGGAAAAUGAAAUAUUACCACUGAAUUGUUCUCCUAGGAUCCAUAUAUUCUCGUCCAAUUCACCAAAUUUCUUGACUGGCAAGCUAGUUAGCUGUUCGUGCUAUUUAUAACUGAUCAGAAGUCGUGCUAUUUAUAACCAAUCAGAAGUCGUGCUGGGAUUUGGUUGCUACCUGAAUAACUGUAAGGUAACCAUACACCGCAGCUGCAAGAUUGUAAAAUCUGUAAAAUCUUUUUCGCCAGUGUUCACAUAGAGCACAAGGCUUUGGUUUUGUACAAAUGAUUUUUAUUUGGAAGCUUUAGGCAUUUGUUAUCAAGUAAUUGUCACAUUAUGUGGAUGCAUCUAAUCCUGAAAUGUAAAUUAUCAAAUACUUUAGAGCGAGCGGCUGUAUAAGAUAUUGUUUCCGGCCCCUUUUUGGAAGUUGAUUUUAUCGCAAAAUACAUUCUACCGUAAA